CAGUUGUGGCAUAUCUAUCUGAAUUUAUUGACCUAUUUUGGUAAAAUUGCUUAAUUUACCUCAGGUUUUCUGGCUUUUCGCAAUGCCGGCCGAUCAAAUUCAAUACUCAGAGAAGUACUUCGACGACAACUUUGAAUACAGGCAUGUUAUCUUGCCACCGGAUUUGGCCAAACAUGUGCCGAAGGCUCAUCUGAUGACCGAGACGGAGUGGCGCAACCUGGGCGUGCAGCAGAGCCCCGGCUGGGUGCACUACAUGGUCCACGCGCCGGAGCCGCAUGUGAUUCUAUUCCGACGCAAACGCAUUCCGGCAGAGGACGCUCCACAGGUGGCAGCCGCUAAUGCGGCUCAGGCCAUCGCGAAUCUCUGCGGUUAGGCGGAGGAUGCCAUGCCGCCGAGGAAUGCUCUUCCAAGGACGCACUCGUCAAUGCUCACGUAGUAUUUCAUAAGUUAGCAUCAGGCAGCCUGAUGUAAAAUAAGAAACCAUAGCUUUAGGGUUCAGCUGGGAAGUUCAAAGACACGAAACGAACUGAAGACAUCGUUUCUGUUAAUUUCAUUAAGUUUAUUUACCUAAAAUACAAAUCGAAGCGUACGCCCUGUGUACAGACAGUUUAAAAGUAGUGUUUAACUAAUUGACUAAUUGUAGCAGCGCCAUACCGCCGGCAGCAGGCGAUACGUCCAACUCUCGUUGCUUAGGUUGCAGUUCUUUAGGGCGUAAUGCUCCAUGGCGUAUAGUGAGAUCAGCGUGGCAUUUCCCAGGAUCAGAGAGAACCACAGAAAGAUGUUGCCCAUCACUUUUGGAGCACUCCGCAUUAGGAAUACCAAGGCAACACCCACGACCCCAAAGAAGAAGAACAUCACUGGGAAGAACAUUUGCAGGGCAAAGCCGAGAACCUGCUCAUGGACCACAGCGGAGAUCAUGAACACUGCCAGCGAGGCGGCCACCUUGGAACCUCGGAACACAUGAGUGUACAUAUCCUUGUACACGUACUCGUACAGCCAGUCGUGCACGACGACAUUCCAGUUUCUGUAGUAGCCAUCGUAAGUGUGCGACGUCCACCAGUCCUUGUAGAACAUUCGAUCACCGAAGCGUAGCAGCUCCGACGUGAAGUUCAGCCACGAGUGCAGGAUUAGGUAGAAGCCGCACAGAAAGAUCACCGCGCUGGGCAGCAUCAUGCCGAACAGCUUGAGGAUCAGCUGGGAGGGUCCCAUUGGUUCCAGUCCGUACUGUCCGAAGUGCUCGUGGAUGUGCCGCUCAUGGAUGAACGCGUACAGGAAGGCUAUGGCCACCACCUCCAACAGUCGAUUCAGGGCAAACUUCCAGCGGAUGUGGGAGGUGCGCGGGUAGCUGUCUCGGUAGAUAAGCGUGGGUGCAAACAAAAAGUACGUGUAACAGCUCAGCGGCGGCACAAAGGGUCGCUCACUGCCUUCUUUCUCCUCCUCCGCAUCUUCCUUCUUGGCCUUGCCAUUCAGAACGCGCUCAGCAUUGUACCUCACAAAGGCGUGCAUCUUCAUCAGCAGUCGCGUGCUCUCGAGCAACAGGAUACACGCACUCACAAAGGGCAGGUUGAACUUGAGGCACAGCGAAGUCGACACGAAACAGAAGACCAGCUGGGAGCUGAUGUACAGGAUGAGACAGCUGUGCGACCAAAAGCGCUGGAGAGAACCUGCAGGAUUAGAAAAUAGUUCAAAGAAAUUACGUCCUUUUAUUAAUAGCAUUUCUAUAUUCCUGCACUUAUCUUCUCUUAAGUUACUUUACUUUUAUGGGAAAUGCUUUUUUUUAACAAUCAGAGCAAACGCGCAAGUAAACGUUGUACAAUUCAACCGAGAUGAGUAACUGGUAAGUGAAUUUCCUUUGUUAAAGGCGAUGUCGUCACAAUUUGCUGGUCAAGUGCCUCAACAAAAGGCUAUGUUAUGAGCUUUUAACUCUACCUGCAUUUUUAAUAAAGCAGAUAUGAUUCCAUAAAUUAUCAUUACAAUCCUUUAUAUAGUGACCAUAAAUUAAUAUUAUAAUUUUAUGAUAAUUGGAUCAACCCACUUACUGUGCGGUUUCAGUUUGUGCCUGACCAAGGCCCAUCCGCGGAAGGCGAAAUAGAGCGCCAGGACGAAGACAUGCUCCAGCAGCCAAACGCCCAUCACCCAGUGGAGGCGGCGCAGUCCGCCGCGGAAGGUGCCAAGUCCCAGAUCGAAGCGGCCAUCAACAAAGUAAUCGUAGCAGAUCACGUUCAGCAGGAACAUGACCAGAAUAAUAUAAAAGAUGUGGUAGAUGGUGCGCAUGUGCUCCACCUGCAGCAGAGCGGUGAGGUACGAUUCCCGGGCAACGAACACUUUUUCGGGCAGUUGUCGUCGCUGCUUACGAGCGGAUGUUUCGCUUUGGAUCGGUGGCCUUGGAUGCGUGCCAUUUGCAUGGCCAUUUGUGGAGUCGCUGACGUCUGCUGGCGCUUGACUGGUCACGCGAUUGUGCCAGGUGCUCUUCCGAUCGGAUCUCUCGAAGUUGGGGAACUCGUGGGCACGCAACUCGCGCUGUCGCAGAUCCUGCAGCACAUCCUCUACCAUGCAGGACAGCCGCUGCUCGAAGUCGGUCAGCAUCUUGGACUGGAACUUCUGAAGCUUGUCGCGCACAAAGCCGAGGUCGGGCAACCUGGGCUGCGUCUCCUCCUCGCCUCGUUUCUCCUGCCUUUCAGCGGCCAUGUCUGGUUCUCAAAUUAUGUGCGCUUCUGCUAGUGAAACUGUUCCUUUGGUGUUAAUGUCAAUCCUAUCCAACUGGUGGAUUUUACAGCAGCGACUGCCCCCGGGGACGUCAGUUCGCACAAUGUACGCGUCGCUGGUGCGGCUGUGUUGUUUUCAAAUCCGCGACGAUAACGGCGCUUUGCUGACUUAUCAGCAGGGGCGCCGCUAAAGGGGAUC